AUAUUAAGGGAAUAAAUAACCCAAUGCCUGAUUACCUUUCACGAUCUCCGGUAGAUGAUCCAGAAGAAGAUCCCGACGAAUUAAUCGACGUAUCAUCAAAAUCGACACAAACAGAAGCAAUUGCAUCGUCUUUACCUAUUGUCUUUGCUGUCCAAACUCGUACUAUGGCAAAACGAAGCACAGCCGAUCAAUGUGUAGUUAAACCUCCUGUUUCAACGACCCCAUUAGCUCUAGAAGUCAAACCUGAAAGCUGUAUCAUACCAUUCACGUUAGACGAAUUGAAAAUGGCACAACAGAUUGAUGAGGAAACAAGGCAAAUUAUUGAUGACUAG